AAGUUUGAAGCCCAACAGAAAACCUAGCCCGUUAACCCUUUCUCUCUCUCUCUUCACUGAGUCGACUGGUUUCGGCGCGACGUCGCGCCAUUGAAGCGAACUCGAAGUGGAGACACGCUCCACGCGAUCCCCUGCAACUGCACCGAAUCGAGCCUCGUUCGCCGGAACCCUAGCUCCCUUCGCCGCGCCGGAAGCCCUUCUCUUUUUUCGUGGCCGUAAAGCUUCUUGGAGGCAUGGCGACUCAAGCCGCUACAUUUAACGGCAACAUGAAGAAAGCGCUUGCGGGCUUGAGACGUAUCAAUCUGGAAGGACUGCGGUGGAAAGUGUUUGAUGCGAAAGGCCAGGUUCUUGGGAGACUAGCUUCUCAGAUAGCAACUGUGGUCCAAGGCAAGGAUAAGCCCACAUACGCUCCUAAUCGGGAUGAUGGGGACAUGUGCAUUGUGCUUAAUGCAAAGGAUGUUUGUGUCACAGGGAGAAAGAUGACAGAUAAAGUUUAUUACUGGCAUACUGGGUAUGUGGGUCACCUCAAGGAAAGGACCUUAAAGGACCAAAUGGCGAAGGACCCCACGGAAGUCAUUAGGAAAGCAGUUCUCCGCAUGCUUCCGAGAAACAAAUUGCGUGAUGAUAGAGACAGAAAACUCAGAAUAUUUACUGGUAGCGAACACCCUUUUGCUGACCGUCCUCUUGAGUCUUAUGUGAUGCCUCCUAGACGAGUACGAGAAAUGCGACCUCGUGCAAGACGUGCUAUGAUUCGAGCUCAGAAAAAGGCUGAGCAACAACAGCAGGAAAGCCCCGACACAAAGAAGGGUAAGAAGAGAGAGAAGACCCUAGAAGACAGUGAAUGAAGAUAAAACUCGUCUAGAGCUGUUGCAUUUGAUUGCCUAUGCGUGCACGUUUGGAUGUGUGAUCCAUGCGACAUCGCCUUUGCGGGGAUGGGUCCUAUUUAUGCAAUAAGGGAAUUGGGCAAAAGAAUUGACUGUAGUUUAGAUGUGUGCUGAGAGCUUCAGCGGUUUACAAAUGCGUUAAUUUUCCGAGACAUUCUUUUGGUGACGGUGGCAGUGGAACCAGCUUCUGUCUUCGAUCUUAAUCUUGUUUUCCCUUUGCAGUUC